GUGAUGCGGCGUAUCCACGCGAUAACGCGUUCGGCUUCCAAAACCAAGAAACCGAAAUAUCAUGACUUUUUAAAGAAUUGUUUAGCGGAAAAAUUUACAAAGGAUAUUAGAAGAAUGUUUAGAAACUUGGAGAAUUCUGAGACAAUGGCAAGAAAAGGAGUGAUGAAGAGAGAAACAGUGGAUUUUGAGCCCAACAGUGAAAUGGUGAAAGAGGACCAAGUCGACAGUCCCUUUGUCUAUUGUAUCUGCAGCGCUCUCUUCUUGAUGCUAUGCAUGCUGUUAUAUAAUGGCUACGUUUUGCGUACUAAAUCGUCUCGGCCAAUACUUUUGAGACACAAUCAAUCUGCAGAAGAAUGGAAAUUAUGCAAAGGAACUUAUAUUGUUUACUUCGUUACACCUAUAUUUUCAGGUUUCAAAAUCGCACGACUUGCUAUGUUGAAGGUCAAGCUUUAUGGAACCGACGGGAUAUACACAGGGUCCAUUCUUAACCCACCGAGUAAACUCUUUACAGCCGGUUCCACCGAACUACUUGUUCUAGCCUCACCAGAAAAUAUUGGUGAGAUUAAUGGAAUAACAUUUUUCAUCGCGACUUCGAGCAACGUGAAAGAAUCUUACAAAUGGGUCGUCUGCGACAUCGAGGUGCUAAACUACCAGAGCAACGAGCGGUAUAUUAUGACGAAGAAAUCACUAACAUUUCAAUUGAAAGCUGGCAUGAAUGUUACUUCGGCGUAUGUCAAACUGGAUAAAAAAAUCAGAUCCUUCCUUUUCAGGUCCUUCCAUGAUGUGCUACAUAAACUGAUCACCUAUCAUACUUGGACAUUGAACAAACAUCAUCACGGUACAUACCGCUUUCAUGACAAUGUCCUCCUUAUAUUCCUGAUAAUAUCUUUGAUUAUGUUAAUUAAUUAUUUGAUGAAUCUGUUGGUACCAUUGGAGAAAACCGAAGGAAAAGCAUUUACUAAUUUAGGUCACAAACUUCCCGCGUAUAUCUUUGUCGAUUUCCUGGUAUUUUUCAUCCCUCUUAUAUUUGAGCAUCUCCUUAGAAAUAUAAAUGUGAAAGAUGCAAUUCUGAAAAAUAAAGGUCAGCGUUUUCCACAUCAACUUCCACUUGAGGAAUAUGAACAUUUUUGUGUAGAUGAUAAAUUUGCCGAAUAUCUACAUCUGAUUUUUUGUAACCUAGGAAUCCAUCGAUGUGAUAGUAAAUAUGAUACAAGCAGUGAGGUGGAUAUUGAUGACGUAUACAUGGAACACAUGAAAGAAUUUGUUAGGAAGGAAGACAUGACUGAAAGUUUGAUAUCUCAUUGGUGGCCUGACCUUGAACAGUAUAAUGGAUGCUGUCUGUGUACAUUUAAUGAACAUUUAGACAAAGCAGAAAAGCGCAACUGUUUUGUUUUCAGAGAUGAAAUAGCUCCCAUUGUUAAUUUAAAUGAAUAUGCGUUUUCCAUUUUGAUUUUACGUUGUUGUUGUUGUUUGAGGAGUUUAAAUGGUAACUACAACGAAUUCCCGUCUCUCUCAACUGACACAUACAGAGAUAAAAUAAUUAAGAAAUUCGUUAAUUCUUUAUUUCUUCUGUUGCAUUUGUGCCGAGAGUUUUAUCUGAAUUAUUCGAAAACAAUCAAUUUAUCAAGUGUUUACAACACCUACAAGGCCGUCGUGUAUGAAAUACUUCAUUAUUAUAUACAUUGCAUUCUCCGGUCCAAAAGCAGUCAAGAAAGUAGUGAACUUCGUAUUGAUGAAGUAAUAAUAAUAAACGAUGCGAACUCCGUCCAAAAAGAUAUUUUUCCGGCCAAGCGUAAAUUCAUUAACAUGGUAAAUUCAUUAACAUGGUUUUGCAAUCGACAGUUUCAUGGAUCAACACGACAUCCCAGUGAUUUAAAAGAAACUUCAGAAAUCAGUGAAUUACCAAACCAAUAUCUUCCUUUGUUUAAUCAUUUAGACAAGGCGUUGGAAAUAAUAAUCGAUGCAGUAAUUUAUGUCGUUUACCAACAGAAAUACGCCAGCGAAAAUGAAAAAUUGAAUGCUAGCAUGCUGCAGGAAAUAUUUUCUUAUGCUUCCGAUAUUCUAGAGACUUGUGUUUAUAUUGAAAAUUCAAGCGAAGAAUUGAUCAAUAAAAUAGACACCAAUAUAUCCCAGCACAAAUUUCUGUAUAUAUAUACCAUUGUACAAGGUGAUGACUCACAAAACCCCAACUUUCACGAGCUGCAGUUAUAUUUCCAGAGGAGCGUACACGACUACGAAGUUCUGAUCAAAAAUGCUAUUGAUACUGUCGAGAAUAACAUUAUCGAUUCAUUUUUCUCAGAGGCGUUGUUACCUUAUUUACAAGAACAAUUCCCAAACGAGAAUGUAGAAUUUCCAGCAGAAACAGAAAUUAAAAUGUUAUGCAAAAAAGUUAUAGCAGAAUCUGAAGAGGAAGUCAACAAAGAAAAUAUAAUCCCGAUGUUUAUUUUUGCCCGCCUCACUCUAUUCUGGGGAAUUGCUGUUUAUGUUCAAGACAACGAAUAUGUGUUUAGUGGUAAAUUAACAGGACAAAGAUUAUUAAGUAAUAUACUUUCUGUUGUUAAGACUAACAGUCAUCUUUAUUAUCCACUGAAAAUUUGUUUACUUGAAGCUGGAAUAUGUGAAUAUUGCAGCGAAAAAUCCGAAUUAAAUCACCAAUGGUACGCUUAUUAUAUGAAGCUUUUUUCAAGACCAUUUUUGAAAUGGAGGAUAAUCUUUAAUUUUUUAUUCGAAUUGGAAAACAAAUUAAAAGCCGCUGUAUUUCAUUGUGUAGAAAACAUCAUGACUCAUACAUUUGAAAUGCAGUCACCGCAUGUCUCUAUAUAUUAUGCAUCAGUUGUCAUUGACCAGCAGUCAUGUGUGGUGGUCAACUUUGUCAAGAGUUUUGUAGCAGAUCGGCUCGGUUACCUCGACACGAAUCCGUCAACACCUACUUUCGCAGAGAAUCAAUACAAAGAACAGAUUUUGAAUCCUAGCUUUUUCAAACUUCGUAGAAAUGGGAUAUAUAACGUUGCCCCGUAG